AUGGCCACUAACUACAGUGCCAACCAGUACGAAAAAGCAUUCUCAGCCAAGUACCUGCAGAACUGGUGUCUUGCCAAGCCAACAAAGGAGCCCUCCCUCAAGCCCCAAUACUCCCUCCGCUUCGCCAGCGCUUCUCUGCCUUUCCCCCAGAGCAUUCCUUCCCACGAAGGCUACACUCAGAUAAUCGCCAACGACCGUGGCCAUCUGCUGCCUUCAGUGCCCCGCUCCAAGGCAAGUCCUUGGGGUUCCUUCAUGGGCACCUGGCAGAUGCCUCUGAAGAUACCCCCUGCUCGGGUGACCCUGACGUCCCGCACAGCUGCUGGUGCUGCCUCCCUCACCAAGUGGAUCCAGAAAAAUCCUGACUUACUCAAGGCCUCCAACGGGCUUCGUCCAGAAAUCUUGGGCAAGCCCCAGGAGCCAGCCAGUCAGAAGAAACCCCGGCACUCUGUCCAGCAAGCACCAAGUCCAACCAUCAUCCCAGGCUCCCCAGCCACAAACAGCUCCCCAGCCCAGCCCCGAAGUGCACACCCCUCCGCAGGUCACACCCCGGGUCCCCUCAGCCCCGCCAGCGCUCCCAAGUGCCCUCCUGGAAGCCCAUGA